GGACAAUCGAAAUCUAGUGGGCUUGUUUGCCGUUAUCUAUCCAAGACGGUGUCGUUGAAACAGUACGUGCCAGUGUGAACUGUCCAACUUAAUCCAAGCAUUAGCGCACAGCUGUCGACGUCCUGCUUCCGCCAGCUCUUUCUACCAUGCAACCCCGUAACGGAAGACUAUUUCCAGCAUCACUAUAGCCACCUUUUGAUGUGGAAGUGGCAGUUAUCUUCCUUUCCUCACUUUCACCUCCACGCCCGUCAUUAUAUAUUUAGUAUCGAUAAAGUCGUCAUCUUCAGUGACCCUCUUUUCAUGUGUGGCUCAGUGUUGGGUGCUCACCGCCUGCUACAAGCUUACUUGAGCAGGCGGUGAGCUCCCGAACAAACAAACAAAAAAAAGAGGUACAGAGGUACUUAGGUACCUAUACCAGCUGGUGAGUACCGAACUACCUGGUUUCUUUUAUUUUUUUUUUUUCGAUCAACAGAAAAUGUUUCAUUUUACCCGGAAUGUCAAAGACACUCUUUCUUCUUUUUCAGAACAACCUAAGACAGAAGGUAAGACAGAAGAACAACCCAAGACCGAAGAACAACCCAAGGUCGCAGACGGAGAUGCCAAGCCAACCCAACAACCGGCACCAGAAGAGGCAGCAACGCGGCCCCGCUCCAAAGCCGUCAUUAUCGGAGGUGGCGUUACCCUCUUACUCUGCGUCAUCGUCCUUACAAUCUUGUUCUCCGGCAAGCUAAUAAAUAUGUUUAAAUCUGAGGAACGUCACAGCUGCCAGAGCACCCAAUGCAUAGAAGCCAACAAGUUCUCGGAGUUAAUGCGCGCCCAGGGAGUCUCGCCUUGCAAAGACUUCUUUCAAUACUCUUGUGGUGGUUGGCUGAAGAAGCACUUCGAAGCCCAGACAACGAAAGGAGCUUUGAAACAUGAUCUCAUGGCAAGCCUAAACAAGACCUUCCACCGAUACAAGCUUGGGGAAGCGAAGAAAGACACGUUUUUCAACGUCGUUACUUUCUACAGGACUUGCUAUAAGCUGAACACUAAGGAACAGCCAACGGAGCUCCUGAAACAAAAAACCUUCCAGGGCCUGGGUUUCUCCCGUAACAGUAUAAUCAAUUACAGUCUCGGUGUCUUCACCAAAAUGGUGCAAAUGACGUUAUCGAAAGGAAUCGACACCUUCCUCUCAAUCUUCAUAGUAGAUAACCGAGGUUCUGCCGCUAUCUGGAUCGAGCCUGGAAUAUCAAUGCAAACAAAGCUCAUGUUCGACCAAGAAGAGAGCACUCGCAAGUAUUUCGAGAAGUACGUUUGUGACUUCAUCAAGUCUAUCGACGCAACGAUGGGUAAGCCCGAGUGUCACAAAGUGUUGAGUUUGGACGACCAAUUCUACGAGAUAUCUGGAGAAAAGGAAGGAAAAGUCACCUUUCCAGAAGUUAUGGAUGUCGCCGACCUACCCACUGUCACCAAGAAGCUGGCCGUUAAAGAUUGGAUCGAUACAGUUAAUACCAAUAUCGAGGUCAGUAGAAUGAAGCUGCACGAGCAUAAGGCUAUUAUAAUAAAGGGCUUCGGACUCAUAAAGAAUAUCGUAAACUUCAUCUUCUCUGGAGAUCCGCGAGCAAUGUCACUUUACCUAGUGAUGCGAGCGUCGGCAAACCUGCUGCAGUCGCACUUCAACCGAAAAGCAGUUCCUUACUAUACCUGUGUGAUGAUAACCUUCGAGACGCUGGACAGCGAUUUUGUUACCUUCGUUGCCGACAAACACGUAGGCUUGUCCCAGAUCAGUAAAUUUCAAAAAUUUUUUGACCACAUCCGCGCUGAACUGAUGGAGAGCUUGGCUGCAAGUAAAUUGUUCGACGAAACCACCCGAGCAGCUGCACAGAAACGUCUGGGGGCAAUUAAGUUGAAGACUAUCAGUCCUGAAACAAAAGGGUUGCUGACGGAUGCUCCAAAUAUGACGGCCCUAUUUAUGAUAAACUACGCUGAAAUGCUGGCUUAUCGUCGACAAAAAAGCAACAAAUACCCCGUGCCAGACGAACACCGCAAGGAGGUGCGCCGACAACAUCAACUUUUGGCAGGCGUCCUGGCCGAAGAAGUACAGUUUCUGCCAAAGAACAACUUGAUCAUUGCGCCAGUAGGAUUCAUGGUGCCCCCCGUGUUCUACGAGACAGAGGAAGACUCCUUCAUCAAUUACGCGUCCAUGGGGGUCACCUUCUCCGAAGUUCUUAUCAAGGCAAUUCUUAGGGACGAAAAAGGUGCGGUGCCGUCCUGGUGGUCUCAACAGUCCCUAACUGCGAUGAAGAAGAGCAUGGCGUGUUACCUGGGCCAGUAUUCCAAGCUCAGAGGUCAUGAAGUGGAAGGGAAUUCUUACCUGAAUUGGAUCGUGUUCUCGACGGUGCGUGCUAUGGUCCUGACUGCUUCCCUGACUGAUCUUCCGGACCAGCACGCCAAAGAGUUGUUCUUUGGACGUUCCUGCCAGAUUCACUGUCGAGAGGACUAUGAUACUAAUACCACGCAACUGUCAGCAAGGUCACUGUGCCAUAUAGCGAUGCAAAAUCUUCCUGCUUUCUUUGAAACAUUUCAAUGCGCUAAAAACGAUGCGAUGUGGCCUGCAAAGACUUGCGAGACUAUGUAAUAAAAUUACGCCACUUUCG